AACUCAGAUCGACGCCGAUCGCUUUGUCGAUCGAGAACUAAAAUUGUUGUUCGAGAAUUGGCAACGCGAACGGGUUUUUCAAAUCGACGCCGAUCGUCUACAUGUCAGAAGCCUCUUUAAAUCCGCGACAGUGUUAAAUAGUUCGCGAGCGCGACAGAAACGGUAUCGUCUCUAAAAUAAAAUCAAACCGAACAAAUGUGCUUUAUAAGUGUAUAAAGAGUUUUUAUGAAAGAAUGUUGUCGAUUAUUUAGUAAUAUUUUUUGAAUUCGUUUUUAAGUUGAACGUAAAGCUUUACAAAUUAGAGAGAAAUAAAUAAGCUUUCAAAAUGAACGAAGUACGGAACAUGGCAUGGGACUACGUUGUCUUUGUGGUAUUUGUAAUAGCGACAACGUUCGUUGCUGUAUAUUCCCGUUGCUUUGGCCCCAAAGAGAAAACUAAAGCCGAUUUCGUAUUCGCCGCUGGAAAAGUCUCAAUGGGUGCAAUGAUGUUAAGUAUAGCGAGAGGAACUUUAGGAGUACGCUCAUUUUUAGGAUAUCCAUCUGAGUUAUUUUACAGAGGAAGUACAAUGUGGGAAACUUUAUAUGGAAUGAUUCUCGCUUAUCCAAUCGUUUGCUACAUAUUCGUUCCAGUUUAUUUCAGUUUGGGAAUAACCUCUGUUUACCAAUAUUUAGAUUUAAGAUUUAAAUCUCGAUUGGUUCGAUGUUUAGCAUCUGGGACGUAUAUUAUAAGGCAACUUUUGAAUCAAGGCGUAACUGUUUUUACACCAUGCGUAGCUUUAAACACAAUUAUUGGAAUGCCGUAUUGGUUGUCGAUUUGUGGGAUCAGCUUCGUCAGCAUUAUUUUCACCCUUUUGGGUGGAUUAAAAGCAGCAAUUUGGGCCGAUGUUAUGCAAGGUUUAACAAUGAUAGCUGUGAGCGUGGCCAUCAUAGUCCAGGGAUGUAUAGAAGGUGGUGGCGCUCUCAAUGUUGUGCAGGAAAACUACGACGGAGGUCGCCUGGGAUUCUUUAAUUUCGAUACGGAUCCAACGAUACGAGUCACUACAAUUUCUGCGGUUGUUGGACAACUUUUUAUGUCUCUUUCUAUAUUUGGGUGCCAACAGAAUUUCGUACAAAGAUAUUGCAGUAUGGAUUCGCAAUCAAAAGUGACCAAAACGUUAAUGUACAACAUUCCCGUUAUUACGGUCCUGUUCAGCUUAUCUUGGGUAGUAGGCAUGGUUAUCUACGCCAUUUACGCCUCUUGCGACCCACUUUCAGCGGGAUACAUAAAGAAAUUCGAUGAGAUCUUGCCAUUUUACAUGGAAGAUCGGUUUUCGUAUAUCCCAGGAAUUUUAGGACUGUUUAUAGCAACUUUAUUUAACGGAGCUUUAAGUUUGAAUGUAUCAAAUCUCAAUUCCUUGGCAACUGUUACAUUCGAAGAUUUUCUACGUCCACUACCAGCGUUGAAAGGACUAAGGGAUAAACACCAAUUAUAUUGGAUCAAAGCCAUUAGUGUUGUUUACGGAUUAGCGAUUAUGGGAAUAAGUUUCGGAAUAGGAUUACUGUCCGGAGUGAUCGAAUCUUCCAUGCUGGUGACGUCCGCCACAUCCGGACCUUUGUUAGGCGUUUUUCUCCUUGCAAUGUUGGUUCCAUGCUGCAACUGGAAGGGAGCAGCAGUUGGUGUAAUCGCUGGGCAUCUAACAACACUGUGGAUUACUUUCGGCAGCUUAUACGUCGAAAAGAAACCAGAAAAAAUUUUAGAUUUAACCAUUGAUGGUUGCACCAACAAUUCGUUUAGCGAAUAUAUACUAAAAGAUCAUCCGUUCCCACAAAGAAUCUUAAAUCAUCAAUAUACUAUAAGAACAACGACAGCUGAACCGAGAAUAGAUCUGCAACAUGAAGAUGCUUUCACACAAAUCCAUUCGAUAACAUACAUGUACUACUCGUUGAUAGGAUGUUUCGUCACUGUCUUCUUGGGUUGGAUAAUUUCCUAUUUCACCGCCAGUGAAACAGAUCGAUACGAUGAAAACUUGAUACAUCCUAUUGCGAGGAAAAUCGCCUCGUUCUUUCCGGGAAAACAGCGCCACUAUACGGACGGUGAUGAAAUCGCCCGAGGAAAGUCAAUAGAUGACGACAAAAUACCGACUCUAACUGCGGUUUCAAUGGAAAGACUUCCUAGUGCCGCAUACAGUCAAGAGGUGUCGCUUGAUUCAGAAUCCUGCAACACCAAAUUAUGAUUUCCGAACAACUGCGACUACUUCCUUUCGCCAGCUCGAAAUCUGUGAUGUAUUUACCGUAUUACCUAUGCUUAAUUUUUAAUAAUUAAUUCUUGUCGUUAAUUUUGUUUACUUAAUUAAGAUUUA